GUCGCAGGGUAGUUUUAUAGAUGCAUCUUUUGAUAUGCAAGCCUGCGUGUAUGCAUGCACAUAUGCCGCUCCUGGCUCGUCUGUCCAGGAACGGGGACGGACCCUUCUAAGAGGCCCUCCGUUCAGAAGGCCCCCCCUCUCGCCCCGUGCCUUCUGCGCGCCGCCGACGCAGCCCGCUGGCAUUCUCGCUCUCGGCCGACGCCUUCGAGGCCGCGCAGGGCGUGGCCGAUGGCGUCCUCGUGAGAGCGGAGGUGCAGGGCACGGUUCGACCCGACCCGUCUGGCUCGACAUCGGCGAUGUCACUCCCCGUGGGCUCGACUCGAUGCGGUGCCGCCCGACGAGCUGCAGAGCGGCGCGGGCUCGCUCUUCCUGCAGCUGUUCACGACGAGCUACUGCAGCCGCGCGGAGGCGGUGGAGACGUCUUGGUUCGCCGAGGCGGGCGUCCCUCCGCCGAGCAGCGCCGUGCGGCUCUCCACGCUCUGCCCCGGCUGCGCACAAGAGCGAGGCGGUCGGCCGACGCCCCCCGGUCGUCCGCGGCGAGCACGGGGACUCGUGCCUGCAGUACUUCCUUCAUGCGCGCGGAGGUGUGCCUGCAGGCGCUCAGCUGCGUGCCGCUCCCGAGGCCCGCCGCGGGCCCCGCGCAGCUGGACGUCUGGCUGCCGACGCCCGUGGCCACGGCGUACCGCCUGGAGGCCUUCGUGUCGGCGGAGGCGUGCGAGGCCGCGCUCGCGGCGCCACCCGCCGGAGCCGCUCUCGGCGGCGCGGGCGGCGCGGUGGCGCCGGCCCUGCAGCAGAGGCCCGAAGAAGCCGUCGCCAUGACCGCCACCAUCGCCGCGAAAAGCCUCGCCGAGACGACCGCCGGCACGAUGACCGCCAGCACCGCCGAGAAGAGCCUCGCCGAGAUGGUCGGCGCGCCGCCCGCAAACACCUGGAACAUCGUGGCCACACGGGCUUCAGCAGGUCAGAACAUGAACCACAUCACACGCCUACAGAAUGGCAUGGACCGCGACCUGGGGUCCCUGGAGAUCUGGAUGUCGCCCUUCGUGAACCCAUGCAACGGGGGCUGCGGACUGGCCGCCUGGUGCGGCGUGCUGCUGCUGCUGCGGCUGUUGCUGCUGCUGCUCUGCCGUCCGUCGGCUGCCGUGGCGGCGUUGCCGUUGGAGGCCCCUGUGUGGCCUGGGGGUUUCUUGCUCCGCGCAGUCCUGUUGGCCGCAGGUGGUGGUGGGCUCCGUGCGGCUGUGCCCGCGCUGGCCGUUUCUCCGUCUUCCGUUUUCGUGUUGGGGCAAAGCGCGGGGGAGGCAACCAACUAG